CUUGCCGCCCGCUAGGCCGCUUUGUUGCCUUUAGCCGUGAGGAGAGGGGAGAGGCGAACGCAGCAGCUUCUCCUCAUAGACGCCGCUGGAACGUUCGGCUCCAACAUGGCGGCGGCCGUCGUGAGUGGGGCUGAGGAGGAGGAGGCGGCGGCGGCGAAGAAGGAGAAGGCGGCUGCAGGAGGAGAAGGAGCGGGGACUACAGCGGGGGGUGGCGGCGACAGCGACGAAGAUGAUGAGGACGUCUAUGAGGUGGAGAAGAUCCUCGACGUGAAAACCGAAGACGUGAGUCCGGAGGGGGGUCGGGCCUUGAGAAGGCAGCGAAGGUCUUGGCAGGGCGCUUUCCCUUUGCCUUGCAGCAGGAUGCUCUGCCUUGCAGCUGCCGGGCUGUUCCUGUUGAUUUUUAGCGCACAGUUGGGACACAAACUGCCCCGGGAUGUGUAGCUGGCACGAAAAGGGCGGGCAUUUGAUAUAUGUGGGUUUUUUAAAAUCAUUUAAAGCAUAAACAGCGUCAGGGAGAAGUAGGCGCACCAACUUUAUGAGGGUUAGGAUGCGCUCAGUUUCCGCCCUUAAAACUGCCCAAUCCGUAUUAAAACGCCUCCUUCUUUUCGGCGCGGACCUCUUCAUCUUCCCCUUUCAAGAGGCCAACACUUCUUCAUCGCAUCCUUGUUAAAUGCCUCGUACCUAUUUUCCUUUUUCUGCAGCCAAUGCAAAACAGCUGGUCUGAGAGGCCGCCCCCCCCCCCCGCUAGUGGCAGUAUGUUGUAUUGGACGCAAAUAUUGUCUUAUUCUAUUUCCAGAGGUAGUCAGGCCCUGCUUUUUAAAAAACAAACCCACUUUUGAACACCAUGCUUACACUUUUGAGUUUCUCUCCACAUUGGCACUGCAGGAUUUGGCAGCAAGUAUGUGGGUGAGGAUUGUGGCAAUUUUACUUGCAGUUUGAGACCCUGUGAAGAAUUAGGUAUUGCCCCUCAAAUCCAUGGUGUGUGCACACACUCAGCGCCCAACAUUUCAUCAAUGAAUGGAUACAUUCAUUGUCCCCACCCCCCGCAAAACACGUGAGAGACAAAGAGAAUUUUAGCCAUAUAUGAACCAGAGGAGAUCCAGUCAGUGAGCCAGUGCAUUCAUGGGUGCAGCCAGGGGGAGGCAGCUCCCCCCCAUCAAGUAAAAAAAAACAAAAACUUAACUGAUCAAUUGCACCCUCCCCCAGCAUAAAGCCUGCCCCCAUAAAAUAAAUCCUGGCUAUGCCUCAUUAUACUGUUAAUAUCUGUUGAGUGUCGGACUUGCGUUCCACCGAGCUGGAAAAGCUCAACCUCCUCUGACGAUGAUUAACGACCUGAGCCUCUGAUAAGACUCCAGGCAUGUUCCCUCAUUACACAGAGUAUCCAGCAGCAGGGAAGGACGAGAAGUUUGAGUUACAUUGCAAAGAGUUUUAUUCCUAACUACGCAGACAGAAAAGAUAUAUACAUGCUCUCUCUGAAAGCAGAGAGCAACUGAAACAAAGGAACAGGAAACCAGUAACAUCACAUCCCUCUCCUGUCUUCUGUGAGACUUCCAACCGCCUGGAAUCUCUGGAAUGCAAAACAGAGUCUUGUGACUCCAAGAGCACAGCACAGUGGCAACACACAGAAACCAGCACUGAGACCCUACUUGCUUGCACACUGUCUCACCAGAGUGGUACACACUCUGAUUAUCUCUCACUUGGAGUGCUGCAAUACACUUUACAUGGGGCUACCUUUAAGGGUGGCUCAGAAAUGACAAAUAAUCCAGAAUGUGGCUGCCAGACAGGUGACUGGGAGCAGCCGCCGGGACCAUAAGUGUUGGUGCUGAGCCCUAAAUGUCCUUGGCCCUGUAUACCUGAAGGGACAUGUCCACCCCCAUUGUUCAUCCCGGACACUGAGGUCCAGUUCUGAGGGCCUUCUGACUGUUCCCUCACUGCGAGAAGUGAAGUUACAGGGAACCAGGCAGAGGGCCUUCUCGGUAGUGGCGCCCAUCCUGCGGCAUGCCCUCCCAUCAGAUGUCAGAGAUGACCAAUUACAUGACUUUCCAAAGACAUCUGAAGGCAACCUUGUAUCAGGAAGUUUUUUAUGCUUGGUGUUUAGUUGUAUUUUUAUAUUGAGUUGGAAGCCACCCAGAGUGGUUGGCACAACCCAGUCAGAUGGGCAGGGUAUAAAUAAUUUGUUGUUGUUGUUGUUACUACUACUACGCCAUGUGCUUACUAACUCUCUUUGCUUUGUUAGGGUAAAAUACUAUACAAAGUACGGUGGAAAGGAUAUUCCCCAGAUGAUGAUACAUGGGAACCUGAAGAACAUUUAGAAGACUGUAGAGAAGUGCUGCUUGAGUUCCGAAAGAAAAUAGUGGAUUCUAAGCCUAAACCUGCUAAAAAAGAGAUACAGGUAUGUUUGAUUUCAAUUUUUAUCUACCACCAAGGAAUUUAUUUUAUACCCUCCCCCCCCCAUCAUAAAGGGCACUACCUUUUAACCGAAAUCGGUCUUUUGGGGGGCUGUGUGGUUUUCUCCCUUCUGUUUUGGCAAAAAUCUGUGUAGUGAGGUAACUGUUGUCUGCAAUUACUGUCUUCAGGGUUAAUCAGUUGCCUGCUUAGGAUGGAUGAUUUAUUAUGAUUGAAAAUGCACCUAUCGUUAAUAAAAUCUGCUCCUAUUACUUUAGUUGGGAGAAAGCAUUUCAUUAUUCGAUGAACUAUGGUGGUUCAUUUCCUGUACAGUGGUACCUCGGGUUACAGACGUUUCAGGUUACAGACUCUGCUAACCCAGAAAUAGUACCUCGGUGUGGGGAGCAAGCCCCUCUUAAUAUGACUAUGCUGCAAGAUCUGGACUCCCUCCAUGUAGACUAAAGGUGUAAAUAGGCGAAUAAACCAUGUUUCUUAAAGCUGAAAAAAAAGAAAAAAAGAAAUAGUACCUCGGGUUAAGAACUUUGCUUCAGGAUGAGAACAGAAAUCGUGCUCUGGCGGUGCGGCAGCAGCGGGAGGCCCCAUUAGCUAAAGUGGUGCUUCAGGUUAAGAACAGUUUCAGGUUAAGAACAAACCUCCAGAAAGAAUUAAGUUCUUAACCCGAGGUACCACUGUAGUGGUUUUUAAAAUAGCCUUAGCUUAUUAUGUGCAUAUUUGAUACCCUUGAUGUUUGUACAGACCCCUUUGGCUAGAUACUACUUACUGAAAAUUCUAUCAGCAUCCGUUGUGAGGAGGAAGGAAUCUUCAAACAGAAAUUUUGCUUGUUUGUUACAAAGGAAAUUAGUUUGGUCAUCUUGAUCCUUGUGAAAUCUGCACAUUUUCACUGUGUUCCUAAGCAAUUAUCAUUCAUUUUAAUAAGGAAGAGGGUAGUGCUCAUCAUUACCUUUUUAUUUAAGACUGCAAUAAUAAAACCACAUUUAAUAGAGAGUAAAUCCACUGAAGUCAAUAGGACUUAAUUCUUUUUAGUAACAUGUUCAUUUUUGUUAGCUGAGAAUCACACAGUUUUUGAACAUUUGUUAAAUGCUUUUUAGGAGUUACAGUUUUAGACUAAAGAACCAUGCAUCUUAGUUCUACACAGCUCAGGGUGGCUGGGGUUUCUUGAAACAGGUUCCUUUUAGAGUUAAUGUGUAGUAUGCCUCGUCAAAGAGAAAAUAGUAAAAAAAUGCUACUAGGAACAUCUGAGCCCUUGGCUGUGCCUUCGAUGGCCUUUGGAUUCUGUCCUCUUGUAUGGCAAGGAUGAGCAAGAGGUAGAUUGGGAUCUACUAGUGGAUCUCUGAGUGAUAGGCAGUAGAUCAGCAAGGAUUUCUGACUUCCAGUUGUUUAACAAUAACAACAGAAUGACUCCCCACUCUGCCCUAAACUAUACUGCUGAAAUUAAGAAAUUUUGGGGGAGUAACCAGGAUUGGACUUUUGUAUGAAAGGACCAUGAGUUCAGUUCAGUUCUUUUACUCAAAACAAAAUCCUUGGAAGCAACAGUCAACUUUAGAGUGCCAUUAAUCCAGAUUUGUCCAUUUAAUUAGGCACUAGAUCACUAAAUCAACUUUCCUUCUCUUCUCUAGAAGCUGCCUUUAAAUGAUGAUCUUUUUGAAGCAGAUUCUGAAGCAGACAGUGACUGGCAAAGUGAUACAAAAGGAGACAUGUCUCCAAAGAAGAAAAAGAAAAAAUACAAAGAGAAGGAGGACAAAAGCCAAGAUGAAAUGCAAAAGAAAAAGUCUAAAUCAGCAAAAGGUAAAGAAAAACCUGCACUAGAAUGUGAGAAUUCCUCUGAUAGUUUGGCUUCAGAUUCAAAACCAAAGAAAAGGACUUCAGAUUCAAAGGAAGAUACAAAAGAUUCCAAAAAGCAGAGGAGAGAAGAGCUAAAAGACACCAGUAAAAAAAAGGGAGAAAUCAAAGAUGGAAAGAAAAAAAUGAAAGAGGAGCCUAAAGAGAAUAAAUCUUUGCAAAAGGGAAAAUUCAGUACGCAACAGUUGGAUGCUGAAUCUAGCAUGCUGGAAGAUUUAUUUUCUGAAGCUGCAGAUUUCAAAACUCCAGAUUUCGAUUCAGACAGCAGUGGGGAGAAACAGAAGACAUCUGCUGGGAAAGACCCCUUGGAAGAAGAAAAUGCGCCCUGGGUUUCAGCUUGGCAGCUAGACAGUUCAGCAAGCUCAGAUGAUAGUUCUGAAGUAAGGGUUAGGAGGAAAAAGAAGAAACACAUAAAGUCUGAACAACCUGAGGACAGUAGAAAAGUGGACAAGAAUUUGGAGAGAAAAAAUGCACACAAAAAGCAGAAGAUGGCAGAUAAAGUAAAAGCUGAGACUGACAAUAAGAGGCCAGCUACACCUGCUCCUUUGCAGAAAGGUGUGAAACUGUCUGCUGAUGAACGAGGACGCAAGUCCACUGAUUCAACAGGGGAAGUAAGUAGUAAUUCAAAAUUGAAAAUCAAAGAGACUAAGUUAAGCCCUUCCCAUGCCAAGGAUGUUUCUCUAAAAUCAACUGCUGUUGAAAGCAAAGAGAAGAAUGUAAAUUCGAGAGCAGAUGAGGAGAAGGUGAAAGAGAGGUCUUUUCAGCAUUCCAUAGGUGAGAAUGUGUUCGAAAAAUUCAUCCUGGAUUCUGAAUACAGUAAAGGAGGGAACACAGACAGCAAGAAGAAUAUCUUUAAAAGUGAGCCGAAUACUGAUGACAUCCCAAAGGAAAGAAGCACUUUAUCUAAGGUAAUCUAAACUGGAUAAUGCAUAAUCAAAGGUUUUAUAGUUUACUUUGUGCCCUUUUCUGGACAUCUUUUAGCCCCUUUCUGCUUUUCUUAAUUAACUUUUCUAGGCACUUCAAUUCAUGUUAAAUUCUCUUUAGUGGUUUUAGAGCCAAACUAAUGGCUUAAAUGCAAUUAACAUGCAGGUCUUUGGGAACUGAGUGUUUUUUAAGGAAAGGGCAUUAAUAGUGCUGUGCUGUUUUUAUUGUUUUUUAUCUCCAAUAUGGCAAACCAUUUUUAAAGCUAAUGAAUCUGUUCAAAAAAGAUCAAAGAUUCCCACUAAACAGGUCUAAACCCUCAAGUGCACCUAAGAGCAGCUUUUUGGAUUGUGGUUAUUGCAUGAAUCCUUAAGCAUCUUAAAAUACAUCUCAAUUUUAUUUUUAAUGACUGCCAACUUUAGGUGGAAUAGACUGGCCAUUGAGAACAUGUUUACUGCUUCUUAGAGUAUCUACAGGUUAAUAUCCAAGCCUUGCUCUUUUUGUUACUAACAAAGCAGAAGGUUAAGUACAAAAGUUUCAAGGUUUCUUAGCUUCUGUUGCCAUUAAGCAUUUAAGAACCUGCUUUCUAUAUUUAGUGUUCUUUUCCAGGAAAAAGAAGCCAAAAAAAGUGAAUCAAAAGAGAAGCUUCUGAAAAGGCUUGUCUCUGAAAAGGAGGAAAAAGGCAAAAAAGAUGUGAAGGGAUUGAAAAGUAAGUGUGUAAUCUCUAAAGUCAUUCUAGAACAUCAGUGUAAUCUACCCAGAAUUAUGUACAGUACAGUAUGCAGUUUGCCACUGUUGAAGUUAUGGUUUAUAUUGCAACCAUGUUCAGUUUAGUUAUAUUUGGUCCAGAAUUAUUUCAUGCUGAUAUCUUUCCAGUGUGUAAAAUUAAGUUUUAUUUUGACAACAUUCCAUAUGCGAAACUAGCGAAUUAAUUAUUUUUGUUAUGCAAUAUUUUCUUACUGUCUUGCCCAGGUAAUAUUGUACAAAUGCCUUGAUAGUCAGGGGAAAUUGAUUGUUCCCAACCUUAAAUUUCCAAAUAAUGCAUGCAGGCCGGGAGAUCUAAUCUGAAGACUCUAGCACAUUGGUGCUAUUAUGUUCUAGUCAGUUUAGUAAAACAAUGCAGAAUAUAUUUUUGAAACUUGUAGGUGUGUACUAAAGUAAUGUAUCAUCAUAAAUAAGCACCAGUACUUGGGUGAUAUUUUUAAGCUUCAUCAAGUCGCUCAUAAUAAAUUUUGAGGGCCUUUCAAAAGCUAAAGAAGUAAAGGUGGUUUUACUUGGAGCAGUUUCAUCAAAAUUAAUGAGCAUGACCAAGUUAGGGCCAUUGAUUUCAAUGGGUCUACUCUGAGUACAUCUUAAUUGAAUGCCACCCAAUCUUUUUUCCAUAGAAUCAGAUAAUUGUAGAAUUGGAACGGUCCCCAAGGGUCAUCUAAUCUAAGCCCCUGCAAUGCAGGAAUCUUAACUAAAGCAUCCAUGACAGAUGGCCAGACUCCAAUGAAACACAAUCCAUCACCUUCUGAGGGCGUCCGUUCCACUGUUGAACAGCUCUUACUGUCAGAAAAUUCUGCCUGGUGUUUAGUUGGAAUCUCCUUUCUUUUAACUUGAAUCAGUUGUUUCAAAUCCUACAGAGGAGGAGAAAACAAGCUUGCUCCAUAUUCCAUGUGACAUCCCUUGAAAUAUGGCUAUCAUAUCUCCUCUCAGUCUCCACUUUUGCAGGCUAAACAUACCCAACUUCAUCAACUGUUCCUCAUAAAGCUUGGUUUCCAGACCCUUGAUCAUCUUGGUCGCCCUCCUCUGCAUACAUUCCAGCUUGUCAAUAUCCUUCUUAAAUUGUGGUGCCCAGAACUGGACACAGUACUCUAGGUGAGGUCUGACUAAGGCAGAAUAGAGCGGUACUAUUACUUCCCUUUAUCUGGACACUAUACUUCCAUUGAUGCAGCCUAGAAUAACAUUAGCCUUUUUUGCUGCUGUUUACACAUGUUUGUUAAGAUUGUGGUCUUCUAAGACCCCUAAAUCCUUUUCACAUGAACUAUAAAUUAAGCAAUUUCAAAAUGUCUUGACUUUGAACAGCUUGAAAAUGUAUCUAAUAUCUCUGGAAUGUAAUUAGAAAGUGACUUUCACUUUUUGAUGAAGUAGGUUGUGCUGUGAUAUAUAAAAAGAUUUUGUUUAUGGUAGGCUUUGUAACCGGUGAAACUGUGCCAUUGGCAAUAAUCUUGCUAACUGUGUUCUAGGUUUGAAAGAGGUCAAGUGUGCACUUGGUGGGUUUAGCAUUUCUUCAGAAGAAAAAAAUGAAUAUGUGGACAACCGGAAAAGAGAAGAAUCGGGGCAGGACUACAGAUCUUCAGAGGCAUUCAAAUCGAAAGACAAACAACCAUACAGCAGAAGCACAAGGGAUGAGACAGAUACCUGGGCUUAUAUUGCAGCAGAGGGGGACCAUGAUGUCAUUGAGGACAAUUCUGGUAUGUAGGAAGUGUGAAGUAGAGGACAAAAGAUAAAAACAACACCACAUAGAUUACUUGAGUUUGAGUUCUUUACUAAGUACAGGUUCUAGUUAUGUCCUCUGGCUUAAAGAACCUGUUUUGAAAACUUGAAAAAUUCCUACAUACUUGGGCCUCAGAUGGCUCAGAAUUAUAUACUCUGCUUUACUUCCCUGUCAUGCCCCACUUUACACUCUGACAGAGCCCAUUCUCCAAAACCAGGUAUACGUUGGUCUUUCUAUUUCCUGCUGCCAAGACUUCUUAGUCUGAAGCCCCUUUGAAUCUCAAAAUCUACAACUUGAGCAGUUCAGUAUUCCAGGGAAUUCCAGUGGUUUCUCUGAUAUUCUCUCAUAACUCAAAAGUGGCUAAGGGCAACACUGCAAUUAUGAGUUGAUGCUUUGGGUCUGAUUAUGGGAUCAUCUGCCAAGGAACGUGAACUUGGAAUGCAAUUGUGAUACCAUUUCUGCUUGGAUAAUAAAUGAUCCACUGACUAAGAUGGAUUAAUGCCCCAGAUUGCAAAUAUUUAUCUUCAGGAGUGCAGAUCCAUCCAGCAGAGGGUGAGCACCAUCUGGGUGAACCCAGGCAGGUUGGGUCAGUCUUGGAUGAAGCUUCACUUUAUUGGGCCUCUAGCCUACUGUGCACUGUGAAUUAUGGUUCUGUUUGACUUGGAGAAGGAUAGGUGAUAAAGGGUAUAAAAUGUCUGCAGAGGCUGUGAUUUAGUUGGUGAUGACAAAGUUGUCUCUCUUCUCCCCCCUAAAAAUUCAAACUUCAUAGAUGCAAAGCAGCAAACUGUGAAUUUGGGCAUGGACAUGCAGUUAGAGCGGCUAACGCUGGAGGACUUUCAAAAGCAUCUUGAUGGAGAAGAUGAGAAUGACUCGGCAGCUGAAGCAAUAUCAUCUGGUCAGUAACAAAUGCCUUGCCCUCAAAACUUUUAGAUGGCGGAUAUAACAAAACCCUUGUAAAUAACAGAGAGGUGGAGUCAGUGUUUAAUGUUCUCUUUAAAUGCAAUUAUUAUCAGGAGGCUAAAGAAGCAAUGAUAUAUCCCAUUUCAUAAUCCCUUUUGAGACAACCUCCAGAGUCUCUGUUGGUUCUUUUAUUGGAAGGUUCUAAUUUUUUGAUAAUAAGUUGCUAGAUUUUAGAAAAUUGAACUUACCCUUAGAUAUUUUUUAUAUAUAUAUUGCUGAAUUUUUUUCUGUGUUAAAAAUCUUAUGUGUCUUAUGUUCCUCAACUUUUUAUAGUUUUAUAGUUUUUUGUAGUUGGUGGAGUGUAAAUAGGUAGAUAGAUAGGCUAGUAGAGGGAUACGUUUGUGUGGAGACAGAGAGAGCAUCUUCAUACCUCUAGUUUUGAAAUUGAACUGUUGAACCUAUUUACUUUUAGCUCAGCUGCGUGAUGCUGUUAAAAAUGGACAGUAUUCUACGGUGAAAAUGGCACUUAAUUCAAAUGAAGAAUAUAAUCUUGAUCAGGAGGUAAGCUUUUGUUAAAUAGAUAGUUUAAUAAUCUCUGUAUAAAAUACAGCAGGAAUUUAAUUAUUUGAGUGUUCAUUUCAAUAGUUUAAUUAACUCAGCAAAUUUCUUGUACAUGCAGGUGACACAGUAGUAUUGUAUUUAAUGUAGAUUGAACUACGUUGCCUUCUGCAGUCUUUCGGUAACUAAUGUAAAAAUGAAACCAUAGUCCAAGCGUAUGGUUUUUAAUGCAUGUUGUUGAUAAAUGUUGUGAGCCACGAUGAAUAUACCAAUCAAAGAGAAGAUUAUAAAUCUACAGAAUAAAAUUCUAAAAUAAAGUAUAAACAUUAAAAAUAAUAACCUGGGGUAUGAAUUCCAUUGUCUCAGUAGUCUAAUGAAGUAUGAAAAAAAUUGUCCCUGUUUUGUUUGCUGUAAUGAUAAUAAUUUUACUAUACUCUGCCCAUCUGUGACUGCGUCUGACUUAAGCAUUGAAGAGGGAACAUCAAGCAGCUUUGUGAAUUCCCUUUUGCUAAUAGAUCAUUUGGUCCUGUUGUAUCUUAGAAAAAUGUCACCAAAACCCAAACAAUAAUAUACCACUGUUUCAGGAUGCUAGUGGAAUGACUCUUGUGAUGCUCGCUGCUGCAGGAGGUCAUGAUGACAUCAUCCGUCUUCUCAUCAGGAAAGGAGCAAAAGUUAAUUGUAAACAAAAAAAUGGAACAACUGCCUUGAUUCUAGCAGCUGAAAAGGUGAGUUUCUUUCUGUCUGCCUCUUCUCUUUAAAUUGAGGACAUUUCCUUUAAAAGAAGAAGAAGGGUUUGGAUUUGAUAUCCCGCUUUAUCACUACCUGAAGGAGUCUCAAAGCAGCUAACAUUCUCCUUUCGCUUCCUCCCCCACAACAAACACUCUGUGAGGUGAGUGGGGCUGAGAGACUUCAGAGAAGUGUGACUAGCCCAAGGUCACCCAGCAGCUGCAUGUGGAGGAGCGGAGACGCGAACCCGGUUCCCCAGAUUACGAGUCCACCGCUCUUAACCACUACACCACACUGGCUCUCAUUUGUUUAAUGUUGCUUGUUUGGAAUAAGAAAUUAAAAGCUAGGUCUGUAGCAGGAUGAUUGGACUGUUGAGGCUUCCAGACUCCAGGAUCUACUUGUUAGUCCCUGUAUCUGGUUACUGUUUUUUAAGAAACUGAAUUUCCAGUGUCUUGUUUGAAUUUUCAGGGGACACGCACCCUAAAAUUAUGAGAUUAUGUUACAAGUCUGUUGAUCAGGCUUCUUGCUGGUUUGGACUGAUAGAAAUUAUAUUCCAAAACAUCUGAAGUUUGUUUUUAGAGAUGUUUUUAAAAUUAUCACAUUUUUAUCUGGAGACAUAGGUAUCACUGGAUGGCUAUCAUUGGCACUAGAGUUUGCUAUAGACAGUCCUGCAGAAUAGAACUGGCUUCUGAAAACUUUUAUUUAAAUAUAUCUAAGGAGCAAUAAUAGCCUUUUACAGAACUGCCUUAAGUUAGUUUUUAUGGCUCUUCGCUGUACUAAAAUUCUCUGCUUUCAACAGUUUAUCUAGGUUCAGACUAUUCAUACUUUAACCAAUAUUUUGUUUCUUACAGAACAACCUAACUACUGCAGCCAUCCUUCUGGAAGCUGGAGCAUAUGUAAAUUUGCAGCAAAAUAAUGGUGAAACAGCUUUAAUGAAGGUAUGUCCUAUUUGCCUGACGUAUGAGGAGUAAAUUUGAAGAAUUUUGUUAAAACUGGAUAUACUCAACUAAGUUUUACUCAGGAUUGAACUAUUGACAUUGAUGGGACCAACUUCAUCAGUAUUGGGACCUGUUCUUUUUAACUUGUUCAUGUCCAGUUCUGGUUGCCUGGCCUCAAAAAGAAUACUGUAGAACUGGAAAGGGUCCAGAAAAAGGAAACCAAAUUGAUCAAGGGAAUGGAACAAUUAUCCUAUGAGGAAAGAUUGCAGCAUUUGGGACUUCUUAGUUUAGAGAAAAGACAAGUAGGAGGCUAUAAGUUAGAAAUUUGUAAAAUUGUGCAUGACAGGGCAAAAGUGGAUAAAGCAGGGUUUCCCAAACUUGCGUCUGUUUUUGGACUACAACUCCCAUCAUCCCUAGCUAGCAGAAUCAGUAGUAAGGGAUGAUGGGAAUUGUAGUCCAAAAAUAGCUGGAGACCCAAGUUUGGGAAACCCUGAGAUAAAGAAAAGUUUUUCUUGCUCUCUUGUAACACUAGGCCUUGUGAACGUCCCGUAAAACUGAAUUAAGAUAAAAGAAUGCACACAAUGCAUAGUUAAACUGGGAACCUGCUCCCACAGGAGGUAGUGGUGGCCACCAACUUUGAUGGCUUCAGAAGAGGAUUACACAAAUUCAUGGAGGGCAAGAUUAUCAGCUGUUCUCACUCCACCCCAACCAUCUAGUGUGAGGUUGCUUCUCAGUCACAUUCUCUCUUCCCCUAAGAUUGAGUGAAGGUUGACAUAGGACUGGUGCUGUUAAUUGGACUCUGUGGUCUCUACCUGAAAGGUGUUUAAAACCUCAUAAGGGAAUACUUUCUUUUCCUUUCUUUGCAUGAGAAUUCCUACUCCAGAAUACUUGGUAAAUAAUGGUGCCUUUGCUGUUGCUUUCUCAACUUCCACUCGCAGGCUUGCAGGAGAGGGAACUACGAUCUUGUGCGUCUCAUGAUUGAAAGUGGAGCAGACUGCAACAUUUCAUCAAAGCAUCAGACCAGUGCCCUUCAUUUUGCCAAACAGUAUAAUAACUUACAAGUACAAGAACUCCUCACAAGUCACUUGGCUACGUAAGUACUUGCUUGAGAGAUGAGUCAAUUUCCCCAGUGAAUCAAGGACUAUAUUUAAGUUGAUGUCUUGGUUUUUAAAGAGGGGAAACUGGCAAGUCCUUUAGUUUGUUUAAAGUAUUUACAGGCUUGCUUUCUGGACAGAAUUCUCUCAGGACAGGUUAAAAUAUUAAAAUUCAGAAAUACAGCAGCUGUAUAGAGGUACAGAUGGGAUGGGAGUCAUUCAUUCCAAGAAACAACACUGUGUGAAGUUCCAGAAACUGUGCAAAGCGAAGUUUGUUUACAACAGGUGCAAGGUCAUUCCAAGAAUGUUCUACACAUGCGUGGCUUCUGGGCUGGACAGAGAGGUGUUUAGUCUGAUCUGUGUUCUCAUAGUGUGAAGAUGUGAGAGAAGAUCUGGCAGCUUUUAGGGCUAGGCCUUGAGCAUUUAAGCUGAACCUCCAUCAGGGAUCUGAUAGAUGAUUGUAUAGUUUGCAACUUGAGAACGACAGUAAAAAAAACAACCACCUUCUGUCUGUUCUGAAUUGUUUCCUGUGAUUUAUUUCUACAUUCCAUCUUAGACUUUGAACUCCUACACACUUGGAAGCUGCAUGAUACUCUGCUACAAAGGGAUCUGGUACUUGGAAGUGUACUAGACCCAAAGGAAUAGUAGUUUUGCCUAGAAAAUUCGCAACAGGUUUCAGGGCCUUGCCAAAGCUUCUGGAUAAACCCAACAGAUACAGCUAAUGGAAUUUGCUGAAGAAUAAAAUUUACACUUCAGUUCGAGGAGGUACUAUAGCACAGUUAUACAAAGGACCUUACAUUUUAAUCCAUAGGCUCCUCCCAGUCAGGCUGGGGAAGGCUCCUGCUUAAAACCAUAGGCAUCAACUGCCAGCCUAGACAUUAUUCAGCUAAGUGGACUCCAAAUAAGGCAGUGUUGUACAUUUGUAAGCCAAGUUGGCUUAUUCAUUAGCUAAUGUAAGGGUGCAAAGUAUGUAGGCUACGGCUGAUGUACUGAACGUCAUCAGUAUAAGUCAGGUGUGGGGAAGCUUUGUCCCUCCAGAUGUUGCUCAACUGCAUCUCCCAUCAGCCCAGCAAGCGUGGACAAUAGCUGUGGAUGAUAGGAGUUGUAGUUCAGCAACAGCUGGUGAGGAAAAGGGCUCCACACACUGGCUAUAAAGUGAAAUAUUUUUUCUCUCUUUCACUGUUGGUUAGUAGUUUGGAAGAUGCUGCCCUGACUAACUAUAUUUUUCUUUGUUGAUGGAUUAUUUGGGCUUUGCUCUUCCUGUAUGAAGUUUUAAAAGCACAAUGGAAGUGCAUACACAUAAUGCCAUAAUAUUUUAAAAUCAAAACACUUUGUAAUAAAAAUCUGUCCAGAGCUUCUGUAUGGUGUUGGAUUUACGCUACUCAACUAGAAAUGGUUGAGAACAAAAUUGUGUCAACUGCUAGUUUGAAGUAGUAGUCAAGGUUUUAUAACAGAUAUGAUACUGAAAAAAGAGUAACUAUAAUUUAUUUACAUAUAUUAUAAUGUCGACAGCUUGACUUUGUCUUUCCUUGUUUAGACUCUCGCGAGUGGCAGAAGACACAAUCAAGGAAUACUUUGAAGCCCGUCUUAUUUUGAUGGAACCUGUGCUUGAUAUUGCGUGUCAUCGGCUUUGUGAGGGACCAGAUUAUUCUUCAGAGUUCACCUAUAAACCCCCGCAGAAUGUGCCUGAAGGUUGUAUGAGAAGGCAUUCUUUCUUCGAACAUUGAACUGUGUGUGAGUGAGCGAGAGUCCACCCACCCUCGGGGCAGAUCAGAAACAGACUAAGUUGUGCUUAAUAGCAACAUUUAUGCUUUAAUCUCUGGAUAGCUGAAACACUGAGCUUACCUGAUUCUUCUGGCAGUAGAGAGAUUAUGGUCUGAGAGAGAAAAAAGCAUAUCCAAAUAUUAUGGUAAAAUUAUUGGAACCAAAUGGUAGGGAAUAAGAACUAGAGUCGCCAAAAUGAAAUGCGGCUGCUUUAUUUUGUUUGUUCCUUGUCUGGCAGUCAUGUGCUUUUCAGGAUUGGCAAUGGAAACAGAUACAUAGCAUCUCAAAAUUAAUUUGAAACAGUUCGGGAUUUGCUGUCCAGAGUGCCUCUUUCUGAUUUGUAACAGGGAUAGUUGUUUUACAAGGGCGGAUGGAGGGAAUUUGCCCUGCUAUUCAAUAGAUUAAGCCCACAAUUUAUGCACAUUUAAUAUGUGCACAUUAAGAUUUACACACUUGGGGGGGAAUUAAAAGGGGGUAGGUGUCCAGGAAAAAAGACUUUGGCAAUCCCACCCACCGUUGCACUAAAUGUUUUGACUACGUGAUUUUGGUUUUAGGUGUGAUCCACGGAACCCCUGCGUAAAUUAAGGGCUUAGUAUAAGAACAAUGUAAUCCAGGCUGUGUCGCCAGUUUAUCCUCUUCCAUGAGGAUUUGUUGAGUCUGUCUUUCUCCAAACUUUUAUUAGGUAUUACAGAUUCUUUGAGUCAUCUGAUCAGUUUUGAUCAGAUUGUUGGUAUUUAAGUAUGUUACCCACAGUUAAGUAAAAAUCUCAGGCUUUUCAAACAUUUGCUUGUCAAGACAGAUUUUAAGCAUUUCCUCAUGUAAGUGGCAAUUCAUCAUUUGUAUUGUAUUCUUUUAAUGCAUGAUUGUUUCUUUUCCACAGGUUCUGGCAUUCUUUUAUUUAUUUUCCAUGCAAACUUCUGCGGUAAACUUGUUGCUGCUCGGCUCUGUGGACCAUGCGGUGUACAAGCUGUGGUUCUGAAUGAUAAAUUCCAGUUCCCUGUCUUUUUGGUAAAUGUUUCAUGUUCUUCACUGACCAUAUAACAAUUAUUCAGAAAUAUAAAGUUGGGUAGCCAUGUGUCAUGGAUGCUUUAGUUGAGAUUCCUGCAUUGCAGAAGGUUGGACUAGGUAACCCUCGGGAUCACUUCCAACUCUGUGAUUCUAUUAUUUAUACCAGACAUAUUUGCUUAUAAAAAUGUGUCUAUAUAUAUCAACCAUUUGUAGAAACAGUUGUUUCUAACAAGUGUACAGGUGACUCAGUACAGUAAGAGUAAAAUGAAUUAAAUCCAUUAAAUUAAUUAAAGAGUUUUAAACUAAAGCCUGAUGGCUGGCAUGAUAGCUUUUGAGGGUAUCAGAAAAUUCUGAAAGCCCCAUCAUUCCUUAUCAAUGUUACUGUUCAGGUAACUCUUUAGACCUUGGAUAUAAGCCUGUUCUCCAGAGUUUCGUACUUUGUGAUGUCAAACAGAAUGUGUCAGCGCACCUUAAAUGCUGUUUUAGUAUUGCUUACUGUUUUAAUAAGCACUUUUAGCUCAGCAAAAUGCCUAGGAAAAUUUUCAAACCUGAGAGGUAUCAGUUGAGGGUAUAGAUAAUGUUGGCCCUCUUACUUGUAACAUCUUGGUUCUGGAUUCCUACCAAUGUUGCCUGCAGUUUUUGGCUGCCUUUUCUGGGCAGUAUAGCCUCCCACCCCCACCCCAGUGCAAGCCCUGCAGGCCUCUCCUGAGGAAAAAUAUGAGAGGAAGUGUGCCAGCUUUGCCCCUGCUGCAUAAAGGGCACCCCAAGCGCCUUGGCACAAGGAACUCCCUCCCUACUUCCUGACAGCCUUUGCUUAAUAGGGAAAUAGCCUUUGUUGUUUUUAUACCAGUUCUUGGUGUAUCCUGAAAUCUUUUUGCACCUAGCAGCUAUUAAUAGAAGUUGCCUAACAUUUCCUGUAUUAAGAUAACUUCAAAUAGUAAUAUUUUUGUGUUUCAACAUAAUUCUCAGCUUUUUGUCCAUCUCCCCAAAAUUUUGAUUUGCAUAUAGACAAAUUGUUCUGGAGAACUUUAAAUCUUGCUUACUACCAGUGUGAUGUAGUGGUUAAGAGCAGCGGACUCGUAAUCUGGUGAACCAGGUUCGCAUCUCUGCGCCUCCACAUGCAGCUGUUGGGUGACCUUGGGCUAGUCACACUUCUCUGAAGUCUCUCAGCCUCACUCACCUCACAAAGUGUUUGUCGUGGGAGAGGAAGGGAAAGGAGAAUGUUAGCCGCUUUGAGACUGCUUUGGGUAGUGAUAAAGCGGGAUAUCAAAUCCAAACUCUUCUUCUUCUAAUUGGUAACAUAUUAGUUGGCCCUAAUAAAAGUUGGCUUACUAUACACUUUGGAUUUUUUCCCCAAGGGACUAGUAGGAUUACCUAUGAUUUUAUGUAAAAAGGGAGCUUAACUUUCGUAUAUAGCAUCAAGUAAACAUUUCCUUAAUGCUAGCUUAUCAAAUGGGAGGGAAAUAGCAAGCUCUGGAACAUUUCCGUACUUCUUAAGAGUUUUGUUAACAACAGAGUUCCCCAUUUAGUUUUUUUUCUGGUUUUGAAGGCAUAAGCAAAUUAAAUGGGGUUCAGAUUUUCUUUCUACUUCAUCCUAGGCACUUGGGGCACAGCUCUUAGUUGACCCUGUUGCUUACCCCAAUAAGUGUAUUUUGAAGUAGGGAAAAAUCUGUGGAGCUAAGCAGAGUCCACGGUGGGGUUUUUUAAAGCUGUAUUUACUUCGAAUAUCAGAUGGUGAGGUGGGCAGCAGACAUCUGCAACUGCUAUGCAAGGGACAUGUUGCAGGAAGAUAAAAAUCAGCUCUCUUCCUAGGACCCUGUUGCGUGCCAGUGUGGUUUAGUGGUUAGUAUUGCACUAAUGGGACGCGGGUGGCGCUGUGGGUUAAACCACAGAGCCUAGGACUUGCCGAUCAGAAGGUCGGCGGUUCGAAUCCCCGCGACGGGGUGAGCUCCCGUUGCUCGGUCCCUGCUCCUGCCAACCUAGCAGUUCAAAAGCACGUCAAAGUGCAAAUAGAUAAAUAGUUGCCGCUCCAGUGGGAAGGUAAACGGCGUUUCCGCGCGCUGCUCUGGUUCGCCAGAAGCGGCUUAGUCAUGAUGGCCACAUGACCCAGAAGCUGUACAUGAUCCCUCAGCCAGUAAAGCGAGAUGAGCGCCGCAACCCCAGAGUCGGCCACGACUGGACCUAAUGGUCAGAGGUCCCUUUACCUUUGCCUAUUGCAGUAAUGAGACCGUGAUUCAGAGCCCCACUCAGCUGUGAAGCUUGCCUUGAGUCAGGCACAGUAUCUCGGCAUAAGCUACCUCACAGCAUUGAUGUGUGGAUAAAAUGGAGGUGGAGAACCAUUUGUACCAUCUUUCGCUCCUUGGAGGAAAGGUGGGCUAUAAGUACUGUAAUAAUAGUAGUAGUAAAAUAAUAAUAAUAAUGAGCAGGAUGUGGAGGUCUUGCUCCCUUCUGCCCUAUAGUUCAAUACCUAGAGUAGCCAAGUUACCCGUUGCCUCCUUCUCAUCCUCUCACCCUCCCUCCCAGCCCCACAGAGCUUUUCAUCCUUCGUGGAAUGAGCAUUUCUCUUCGCGGAUGUUCCAGGUGAGUGGCUAGGCUAAUUAAUAUUACUCUGGCGUUGGUGCCAAUUCUGCCCAGCCUCACGCCCUCCCUGUUCUGGGCUCCUUUAAUGUGAGCAGCUACAAAGACAACCCUUCGCUAAGUCCCCUGCCAGUGUCUGCCCAACAGAAUUGGCAGGGCUAUAGACGAGCUCCACCUCUCUUCACAGGGACUUACGAAAGGAAGCUUUUAAGCUCAUCUCCACCCACGUUAAGAAUUCCAGGGAUCAAAACCUGUUAAGAACACAGCAGCUCUGUUGAACCAGACCAAAGCGUCAUCUCAUCUAGCAUCCUAUUCCCACUGUGGCAAGAUGCCCUCUUCCUGUUCCUGUUGCUUCCCAGUUGCCCACAGGGGGUAGCAUACUACCCCUGAGCUUUUAUAUAGCUGUUAUAACUAAGAGCUAGCAAUGGGUCUAUCAUUGUAGCUUGUUAAAGCCUAAGUCUGUAAGAACAUGGUGAGACCCGAACCCAUCUUCAGAUGUCUCUCACGCUGCCACCCCUGCCAUCUGUCUCUGAAAACUUCCUUAUGCUCUCCAUCGUGCCAGAGCUCCCAGACUUGGCAUUAGAGUUUGUUAUAAAAUUCAAUGCGAGGCUGCUUGGGGGAACAAGCAGGGAGGGAAACAUCCAAGAAUGUGAUGUUGCUGCUGCAGCAGCAGCGUUCUUCUUUGUUUCCCAUUAAACUUAUGGCUACCAUUGGGUCUUUGCUCAGCUUAGUCACACACACGUAGUUCAAAAAGGGGUUGCAGGUGAAAAGUUGAUGGUUCUCUUGCAGCUUGUUCUAGCUAACCAGGAGCAUAAUAUUGUGACAUGUGGUCAAAGAAUAAUUUGCUCUUUUCUUUUUCUUUUUAGGACAGUCACUUCAUUUACUCCUUCAGUCCUAUUCCAGGCCUUAACAAACUCUUCAUACGAUUGGUGGAAGCUCCUACUGCCAAGGUGAGAAAUGCAAUUCCAGGUGCAUGUACACCAACUCACGUUCAGUAGAGCUAAGGAAAUAAAUCGGCUUAAGUUGGUCAUCACCAACGAGUUCAGUGAAUCUACUCAGUUUGUGAAGUGGUUGGAAACAAUGUAGAUAUGUUUAUUUAUUAAAUGUGUAUCCUGCCUUGCAUCCAAAGAUCACUGGACGGUUCACAAAAAUAAAAAACAAGCAGACAAAAGGCAUAAUAAAAAUACAUAAUAAUAUUUUCCUUUACUAAAUUAUCAAACUAGUCUGUAUUUUAAAAUAACCCCCCCCCCCCUCCCCCCGCUUUUUGACCCUGACAUGGUCCCCCAAGUGUAUUGUGGUUACAAAAUGCAAGAGCUACUGCUUGAUGAAGUAGUUUUCAUAGGGUCCUCAGACUAGGAGUUGCUUCAUCCAUCAGAAUGUUUUAAUAUACCUGUGUAAGAUGUGUUCAUUGUGCAAAAUAACUAAACCCAUACUUUAAUCACUGUUGAGAGUGAAGCUAGCAGGGCUUUGAGAACAUACAUGUACUUGUGAGUAUGUCAUCCAUGCCUUUUCAGCAUUUAAUUGGAUGGAUAGUCAAUGGCAUUUUUUUCCUUACAGGUGAAGCUGCUGAUAGGUGCAUACAGAGUGCAGCUGCCAUAAGCUAAUGAACUUCAUGCUGUUGAUGCAGUUAUUUUCUUGGAAGUAUUUGUUUACUUCUUCCUUUUUGACUGAUCAAGCAGUUUGGGAACUCCUGGUGCAGUCAGGACACUGUUCAAUCCGUUUCUUUUUUACCUGGUCUCCAUUUUACAUGUGAAUUCUUGAGCAGGUUAGCAGCCAUGUGCUGCUUAAGUGGACAAGAUGGUUUUAUUUUGUUUGUAUAUAGGUAUUUGUGCCAAUGAUUGUAAUUCUACGUUUCAAAGUCAAAGUGUGAAGUGGUGCAAAACCCUUAAAAUGAUGACCUUUUUAAAAGUCUGGUUCUUGAUUGUAGAUGCUAAAUUUUGUCCUACUUCAGUGUUUGUAUUUAAAUUAACGCUUUUUUAAAGCAGGCAGAGCUAUAUUUGCUAUUGCAGUUUAAAUACAGGAAUAUAGAUAGGCUUUUGCCUUAAUAAAAGACUGGUGGUAACUAAGAUAUUGUGGCUUAUCAAUGGCGGUGGUUGUUGUUAAGCCUGAAUAAAAAACCUGUAAUUGUACUUCUUUCCAUAACUAAACUUUUAACAGAUACUUUCAAAUUGUUUUUUUUUAAGGCAGACCAUAUUUAUAGACUUAUUCUAUCUCCUCACUCCCUAAAGGAUUCAUCUAGUGUCCUAAUAAAUGGACACAAUUUUAUUGGCUAGCAGCAUUUCUGUACUAAUGAAAUGUAAGCUGUAUGAAUUAUAAAACUUAUUUGUAAGAUGGAACAUUGUUAAAAGAUAGAACUUCAUAUUGAAACUCUUCCUAUUGUAUAUCAAGCAAUGUGUCAGUGAAAAUGUAGAAAAAUUAUAGGAAGUAGUGCAAUUUUUAAAUGAGAAAUGAAAUUUGUGUGAAAUAUGUAAGUCCCAAAAGGCAGCUUCAAUGUGGUAUAUGUUGUGGAACAUAAAACUUGGGUUUUCCCAUACUUGUUCAAAACAUAACCAUCUAUAAAUACUUUGUCCAAAGGAAAUUUCAGUUGUUAACACCUUUGAUAGUACUUAUGUGUGUGUCUCACAUUGGUGGUUACCUAACUUCCCCCUAUCAUUUGAAAAUCGCUGAAGCUCCUGGUGGGCCACUUGAUUGAUUUUUCUACAUGUUGUAAUAAUUGUAAAGUGCUGCACUUUCUACUUUGGGUCCUUUUUGGUUAGAGAACGAUCUUGACUACCACCAGGGCAUGAUCUGUGUUGCAUUUGGCAUUGUGAUACGAAUCCAUGUGAUGCGAAUGCAGUUCAGUGUGGAUGAACUUUCUGCACAAAGCAGAAAGUGUAGCCUCAAAUCAAAACUGCUAGAACAACCAUACCUGAACUUUGAACGCUUCUGAUUCCCUCGAACAAGCUCUACUGAACUGCCCCAGAGGUAUUUAUGAAACGGGUGGGGAAAGUAAGUAUAUGCAGUAGGUAUAUUCAUCCCAGCUGGAUGUUGAUUGCUAUAAACAAAGCAGUAGUACUUUUUUGUAGUAGUACUUUUUUUGAUUCAUUUCUUCCAUUCAUAUAGACUGAAAGGAUGUAUUGUCCCCAAAUAACUUACCAGAAUAGAGAAAAACAGCAGUGAGUAUGGGGAAAUGAGGUAAAACAGGCCAGUUUUGUUUGAAAGCAGUUAAUGAGAACAUUCCGUAAUGUUCUGGAUACUGGAUUUUUUUUAGGUAAAUGAGCAGAUCAAUAUGGUACAUGGAGUCAAAUAGUUUCCGCUCAAAUUUCCAUGAAGCAUUCUUCACAUUGAAAGUUGAACGACAUUUUUCAGCUUUAUCCAGCCUGUUAAGAACAAAAACAACAACCCCAAACGUUUGCACAAUCAUCUCUAGCAAGAUAGGUAUUUGCAAAACUUUUGGUGCAAUGAAUUUUGAUACCUCUAGCUGGCCAGGGCACAGCCUGACUCCCUCCUUUGGCAAUCCUCACAGAACUUUUAGCCCAAUGGUUGCCAUUAAUUUUAUAAUGAAAGUAAGGGGUCCAUGGCUUUAAAAAACAGGGAGUCUACAGUACUUAACUAAUUGUGAACCACUGCUUUAAAACACAAGAUUUAAAAUACAAAACAGAUUUUAAACACUACACACCAUGUAUUUGUUCAUAACUCGUGAAUACAUAAUGCAGCUGCCAGACUGGUGACUGGGAGCAGCCGCCAGGACCACAUAACACCAGUCCUAAAAGACCUACAUUGGCUCCCAGGAUUUCUGAGAACAAUUCAAAGUGUUCGUGCUGACCUUUAAAGACCUAAACAGCCCUGUAUACCUGAAGGAGCAUCUCCACCUCCAUCAUCCAGCCCAGACACUGAGAUCCAGCUCAGGAGGCCUUCUGGCGGUUCCCUCACUGCGAGAAGGGAUGCUACAGAGAACCAGACAGAGGACCUUCUUGGCAGUGGCGCCCACCCAAGGGAACGCCCUCCCAUCAGAUGUCAAACAGAUAACAUCUACAAAACUUUCUGAAGGCAGUCCUGUAAUGGGAAGUUUUUAAUGUUUGAUAUUUUCUGUGCUUUUAUUAUGUUGGAAACUGCUCAGAAUGCAUUAUUAUUAUUAUUAUUUAUUGGUUUCAUUUUAAAUCUGUUAACAGUCUUACAAUUUUUUCAUCACAUAGCACUCAUGCUUGCACUAUUAAGUCAUGAGUUACAUGGAAUCCACACAGCACUUGUUAUUCUAUAAAGAAGAGAGAUGACUGGCAGGUUCUAUAUCACAAGCACCCAUUGACUGUCCAAGCACACCAGAAAGAAUAUCCACACUUUAAAUUUAAAUGUCAUUCUUGUUUUAUCUCCGGCAGCUUUAAGCUACUUACCCUCCUCAAAUAAUUCAUUCUUUUGUAUUCCCGACUACCUCUGGUACAGUAGUUGAUUGCCUGCAACUCCACAUAGUAUAACUGUCCCAAAAUAUACCUUGCGUACAUUCACUAGGAAACAAGAAAAACACAAAUCAAUAGCAUUUCAUACCGAUUGGAAUACAGAGCCUAGAAACAGUGGGUUGACUUCAAUUGUGGUUUUUCCUUUGCAGCAACCGCAAGAGUCUAGCUACAGAAUUUUGGUUGUGUUCCAUUAUUCCAUUCUGCUAUGGAUCAGCCUUUGGGAAGGAAAAUUACAGGCAAAACAACAAAACUGG